AUGGAUAAAUCACUGGUUGUGAGAUCGCUUGAUAUAAACAAAGAUUUAUUUCGACCUCAAGAAAAUGAUGAAAAACUUCUUGGUGAUGAAACUCCAUAUCUUAGUGCAAUCGGGGCACUAAUGUAUUUUGCCAAUAAUAUUCGACCAGAUAUUUAUUUUGCGAUAAGUUUAUUGGCAAGAUUCAGCUCUUCCCUAACUAAAAGAUAUUGGAACGGUGUCAAGCAUAUACUCAGAUAUCUUUCAGGAACCAUUGACUUGGAAUUAUUUUAUUCAAAUGAAUCCAAGUUAGAAAUGAUUGGUUAUGAGGAUGCAGAGUACUUGUCUAAUCCACAUAAGGCUCGAUCUCAGAUGGGUUAUUUAUUUAUGUAUGAUGGAGCAACUAUAUCAUGGCAUUCAAUGAAGAAAACAUUAGCUGCAACUUCUUCAAAUCAUGCAGAGAUCAUUGUUAUUCAUGAAAUGAGCCGGGAGCGUGUUUGGUUGAGAUCAAUGACUCAACAUAUUCAGAAAAUGUGCGAAUUUCCUUUGAAUAAGGAUAUUCCAACUAUAUUGUAUGAAGAUAAUGUUGCAUGUAUAACUCAGUUGAAGGGAGGUUACAUUAAAGAAGACAGAACAAAACACAUUUCACCAAAAUUCUUUUUCACUCAUGACCUUGAGAAGAAAGGUGAAAUAGAUGUUUAA